AAUGUGGAUUGUUAUUAUUGGUUUUAGUGUAAUUUUGUGCCAAAAAUGAAGGUUGUGGAGGCGAAAAUUGUAGUUUUAGGUGCGCAGGGUGUAGGCAAAACCAGUCUAGUGGUCCGCUACAUAGGCAAGAUGUUCUCAAAACACAUAUCUCCCACUAUUGGUGCUUCCUUCUUCACCUGCAACAUCAACGUAAACGACGCGAGAGUUAAGCUUCAGGUGUGGGACACAGCUGGUCAGGAACGGUUUCGUGCAAUGGCGCCAAUGUACUACAGGAAUGCGAACGCUGCACUACUGGUGUUCGACAUCUCCAGUCUUGCCAGUUUCACGGCCAUCAAGGGCUGGGUGCGCGAGUUACAAAGUAACGUCCCAGAACCCAUGGUCCUCUCACUGGUAGGCAACAAAUGUGACUUGUCAGAGUCGCGAGCCGUGCCUACCAACGACGCGGCACAGUACGCUGCUGACAUUGGAGCGCUUUACUGCGAGACGUCUGCUUUACACGAUCAGGGAAUCGAACACGUAUUCCUGAGUACAGCGACGGCACUGCUGCAUCUGUCCUCAACCACGCUCAUGUCCUCCCUCCGUUCGUACGACUCGUCCGAUGGGCUUGACCCCUUGCCCGCAGGAGCAACAACAGAAGAACAGGCAACCCACACAGGCCGCGUGGAGUUGCCAGCUUGGACCCUCAGCGAUAUGGCACACGGCGACCCUCAGAAAACCAUAUGCUGCUAGCCAAUCCUAUCCUUGGAACACUUUUUCACCAUUGGGACACUAAUGCCCUGUGUAACACGCAGGGCGACAUUCGCAGAGUACCUUGUGCUGUUAGACCAUGGGACACGAAUAUAUAAUUUGGACACACUGCGUUGACAGACAGAGUUUAUACAACCUCAAGUGGCUUUGGUUGAUUUCGCAUUACAGUGAAAGUGUAGAAUCAAUCACGUUGGAAAAACUACAUACAG